AACCAUGUAUUAGGUUAAUUUAUGAAAAAACACUCCAAAACCGUCAGAUGAUGAUAAUUUUUGAGAUAAGGGCAGAUAAGUAAAUAAUCAAAAAAUGGACAAUAAGCCGUCAUUAAGCCAGUAUUUUGGCGAGACGGAAGUGCCGCCCGCCUCCCAGUUCUUCGACGAAAUCGGGACAUCGCCCUCUGAUAUGAUACAGAGCGUUUACCUGGGCGAAAGUGAAGUGAGUCAACCAGCAGCAUCUAAUAUUUUCCCCACAAAUAUGACAGCCUCUUUCUCUCAGUUGAAAGUGAGUGAUGAGAUGAAGUUUGGAAGCGUUGUGCCCACUGUGAGUGGUACUACGGCUCUACCAGCGACUAGUCUGCCGGACCCUUCGACGUUUUUCGACACAAUUGGCCCAGAGCCGCAUAUGGUGAUGGCUACUCCCAAUAUAUUGAUUGAGGCUAUGGAUGUUCUUGCUGUUAAGGACCAACCAGUAGACAAGGAAGCAGACAGACGCCGAGACGCCUGGAUACCAAGUGACGAAGCUAAGAAGGUCUUACUUAAGGCUCAAUCCUGUCCAAAAGGAGCAUUCUUCCCGGAGAGGGAAGCCCUCACAUUGCCCGGCGUCAUCUUUGACGAGGAACUGCCCGAUUCGCUGCACGCCGUGGCGGUGAAGUACCUCGGCGUGAGCGCGGCGGGGCGCGGCGGCAUGGCGCGCGCCGACGCGGCCCGCGGCGAGGCGGGGCUGCGCGAGCUGCUGCGUGCGGGCUGUCUCCGCGCCGCCAUCAACCUGUCCGCCACGCUGCUGGCGCAGCACAAACAAGGGCCAGGUCGCGCCGGCCGGCUGCCGGGCGCGCGGCACUCGGCGCGCUCGCUGCAGCUGUGGCUGGCGCGCUUCUGCGCCAUGCUGCGCGUGCGCCUCGCCGCGCAGGCGGCCCAGGAGGCCGAGGCCUUUGGGGACUGUGGCCAACCUGAUAUGUACUACGAAUUCUACCCGGACCAGUACGAGAACCGAACAGGCUCUAUGGUGCCGUUCGCGCUGCGCCUGCUCAUCGCAGAGAUGCCGGCGCACGCGGGGCGGCCGGAGAAGGCGCUGCCGAGUCUCUACGCGGUGCUGGCCGUCGUGCAGCAGAUGUUGGCGAACCUGAAGGCUGGCAAGACGGAGGACGGCUCGGCCGUCCUGGCCGCGGAGCAGGACCGCGCCGAGUCGCUGCGGCUGUGGGCCGGGAGGGAAACCCGAGUGCAACACUCCAUCGUCAACUGCGCUAUCGCCCUGAAGGACUACCGCCUCGCCAGUAAGAUCAUCUCCGGUCUACAGGAGGCCGCGGCGAGCGCGGCGCAGAAGAGGGCGCUGGCGAGCGCCCAGUGCCGCCUGUGGCUGCUGGCCGGGCACUGCCUCGCCGCCGCCACACACCUGCAGCAGGCGAGGGAGCUGAGGCAGCAACUAUGUCCAACGCCCGACGUGCGAGAGUAUGUGGAUUUAGGCCUCCUCGAGGUGGCUCAAGGACGGUACAAGGAGGCCUACGAGAACUUUAUCAAGGCGAACGACCAGGAACCCACUAACAUCAUGGUGGCCAACAACCUGGCGGUGUGCCUGCUGUACCUGGGCCGCCUGAAGGAGGCCAUCGCGGCGCUGCAGGCCGCCCUGCGCGCGGCGCCCGAGCGCGCGCUCGGGCCCCGCCUGCUGCUCAACCUGUGCACGCUCUACGAGCUGGAGUCUUCCAAAAACAUGGACAAGAAGCUGAAUUUGUUGAGGAUGCUCUGCAAAUAUAAGAGCGAUACUAUUCCUAAUGUUAUGGAGUGUUUGAAACUUAGUUAAAUAUACUAAUGAUUUUUA